AUGCUGGGAGUCAUUCUUGAGGGAUUUCUUGAUGGAGUCUUUGAAGAACUUCUUAAGGAAUUUCUUAAUAGAGUUUUUGAAGAACUUCUUGAGGGAUUUCUUGAUAGAGUUUUUGAUCUUUCAUGA